GGCCCGCCCCAGCCUCGCCCCGCCUCGCCUCAGCCUCCCUGCGCGGACCGGAGCCCCGAUGGACACGAGAGCAGAGCAGCACGCGUCCUGACCCCCGCCCCACAGGGCUGUCCCCAUGCCGGCCUCCGUGACUAUGGACGAGUGGAAACCUAACCCUGCUGUCAAGCCCCACAAGAAGCGGAGCUGGUACCUUGCCUGGAAGUACAAGCUGAUGAACCAGCGCGCGCUGCGGAAGCUGUGCCAAACAGGUGCUGUCCUCUUCCUGCUUGUGACUGUAAUUGUGAACAUCAAGCUGAUCUUGGACACCAGGAGAGCUGCUUAUGAGGAGGAAGAGGAGUCUGCACAGGACUACGAUGAUGAGAUGCUGAAUGUGGAGAUCCCUAGGCACCCUGUCAGCAACAAGAAGGUCUUGGAUGUCGAGGUGUACUCCAGCCGGUCGAAGGUCUACGUGGCUGUGGAUGGGACGACGGUCCUGGAAGAUGAGGCUCGGGAGCAGGGAAGAGGGAUCCACGUCAUCGUCUUAAAUCAAGCUACGGGUCAUGUGAUGGCCAAGAGGGUCUUUGACACCUAUUCUCCCCAUGAAGAUGAAGCCAUGGUACUUUUCCUCAACAUGGUUGCCCGGGGCCGGAUCCUGAUCUUCACCAUUAAGGAUGAAGGCUCCUUUCACCUCAAGGACACAGCCAAGAAUGUCCUGAAAAGCCUGGGGAGCCAAGUUGCACCGUUCCUGAGCUGGAGAGACAUGUGGACAUUUGUGGGGAAGAAGGGAGGGGAAGUAUACGGGGAGAAGCACGCCAAGUCGCCCGCCCUCUCGACAUGGGGUGACCCCGUACUGCUGAAGACAGAAGUUCAUCUGACAUCCGUGGAAGAUGCUGAGUGCCAUUGGCCCGACACAGAGCUGAACCGCCGCCGGAAGAGGUUCUGCAGCAAAGUAGAAGGUUACGGCAGUGUCUGCAGCUGCAAAGACCCCACACCCAUUGAGUUCAACCCUGAUCCUCUCAAAGACAAUAAAGUCUUUGAUGUGCCUGUAGCUGUCAUUGCAGGGAACCGUCCCAACUACCUGUACAGGAUGCUGCGCUCUUUGCUGUCGGCUCAGGGUGUCAAUCCGCAGAUGAUCACGGUCUUCAUCGAUGGGUACUAUGAGGAGCCGAUGGAUGUCGUGGAGCUGUUUGGCCUCUCAGGAAUCCAGCACACUCCCAUCAGCAUUAAAAAUGCCAGAGUUUCCCAGCACUACAAAGCCAGUCUGACUGCAACCUUCAACUUGUUCCCGGAUGCUAAAUUUGCCGUGGUUCUGGAGGAAGACCUUGACAUUUCUGUUGACUUCUUCAGCUUUCUGAGCCAGUCGAUACACCUUCUGGAGGAGGACGAGAGCCUGUACUGCAUCUCGGCUUGGAAUGACCAGGGCUAUGAGCACACGGCUGAGGACCCCUCGCUCCUGUACCGUGUGGAGACCAUGCCAGGCCUGGGCUGGGUGCUCCGGAAAAGCCUGUACAAGGACGAGCUGGAGCCAAAGUGGCCAACCCCUGAGAAGCUCUGGGACUGGGACAUGUGGAUGCGGAUGCCUGAGCAGCGAAAGGGCCGGGAGUGCAUCAUCCCUGACAUCUCACGCUCCUACCACUUCGGCAUCGUGGGGCUCAACAUGAACGGCUACUUUCACGAAGCCUAUUUCAAGAAGCACAAAUUCAACACAGUUCCGAAUGUCCAGCUUAAAAAUGUGGAGAGCUUGAGGAAGGAUGCCUACGAGACCGAAAUUCAUCGGCUCCUGGGUGAGGCUGAGGUCUUGGACCACAGCAAGAACCCCUGCGAGGACUCCUUUGUGCCUGACACCGAGGGCAGGGUCUAUGUCAUGUUCAUCAGGAUGGAGCAGGAAGCAGAUUUUACCACGUGGACUCAGCUUGCCAAGUGCCUCCACAUCUGGGACCUGGACGUCCGCGGGAACCACAAGGGGCUGUGGCGGCUCUUCCGCAAGAAGAACCACUUCCUCGUGGUGGGGGUCCCUGCCUCCCCUUACUCGUCCAAGAAGCCCUCGUCGGUGACACCAAUCUACAUGGAGCCCCCUGCCAAGGAGGAGGGGGCGGCGGCAGUGCCAGCGGUUGCUGCAGCAGAGCAGACGUGAGACUGGCGGCUGGGAAGCGCAGGGGACCGGGGGAAGACAGAGACCCCCAUGGUGCAGAGACAGAGUUGGCAGCAGCUCUCAGAGGCUGGUGGCUGGACACGGACUCCCAUUUCAGGCUGUAAAAUGAGAUCUCGGGCUCCCUCCAGCCCCCUGUUGUGGGCUUCCUCUCCCUCGCACAGGACAGGGACCUUCCCUGUAGAUAUGCCACCACCCAUCCCAGGAACUUCUUUUUUUUUUUUUUUUAACACAGACUCUUUACUAACGCUGCUCCUUUUGCCCCCUGGCUGGGCAAGGCUGGAGGAAGGAGAUGCUCAAUUGGGGGCUAGAGGGGGCCUCAAGAAACACCUCUGCUUCCCUUUUUGGCCUCCAAGUCCUGAGAAGGCAGCAUGCUCAUGUGCAAGUGCUGCAGCCUACCAGCUAGGUGUUAUUUAUUAACUCUUGCCUGGCUGGCUCCGUGCCCAGUGGUGAAUGCGGUGGUGAAGAGGGGAUCUUCCAGCAUCUCUUCUAUCUCCUGCACGAUGGAUGCACCUUGAAGACUGCUGGGUUGGACAUCUCCCCGCACACUGGCUUCGCUUCUUGGGCUGCAGCGACUGGUGCGGCCCAGCUCACAGGCAAAAGGGAAUGCUGAAGAGGAGCUGAACUUGCUGUGGACACAUAGGAGACAUCCCAUACCCAGCACGAGGGCGGUCAGGUGCCCCUUUCCUUUCCCUGCAGUUCUGGGAGCUGGAGAUGACUACAGAUGGAAGUGGACCAGGCUGUGUGGCUCGGACCGUCCUCACCCACCUUCUCUGUGGGGAGCAGCCCUGCCCGCCGAGUUCUGGGAGAGUGGGCGAAAGUGCCUUGCAGAGCGAGAUGGGAGCAGCCAGCGGGCAUCCCCCUGGCUGCAGGGGCAGGAUGGACCGGGGUCCUCUGGAGCGAGGGAUGCUGCACUUCGGCGUGGUCCUUGCCUGUGGUACUGUACCCUGCCUCCCUCUCCCUGGCCAGGUACCUCCAGCUUUUGCUGAAGGCAGAGGAGGUUUCUUCUCCUGAAUCCCCACCCUUACCAUGGUACAUUGUUAGCAGGGAAGCUGUGAGCUGAGCCAGGAUGGGCAGCCUGGCUCUCCUGCUGUGGUACACCCCUCGUGCAGAGGGAGAGGGAGGGGGUGCCUGUCCCCCCUCCCGUGCCUUAGGAAGGACCCCAGGGCCCCCUCCCACCCCCAGCCACUCGGUACUAAUGUCCCCUCACACUGGAGGCAGUCCUGGUCCCCUUGCUCAGUACACCUCCCUGUCUCAUCAAUGCAGCAAGAGAUCUGUUCUCUGCCCAGGUUCCCCAGCCUCGAGCAGGGAUGCUACGCUCUGGCUUGUCCUUGGGAGGAGGAUUUGCUGCUCAGCCCUUUCCCUGGGGUCUUCCCCUUCAUUUUCUCACUGUGAACUGAGCGUUGGGGUCUACACUAACUUAUUUAUUUAUUGCUUGCGGGAAGGGAAGGAUAGCAGGAAAGCAGCAUGGAGAGCUGGCAGCCCCCAGGCUGCGCAGGGGCAGUCGUGGAAGGUUUGUCUCUUGUCCCCCUAGCUCCAUCCUCUGUUCCCCUCCUUCCUCCCUUGCCCAGCAUAGGAAGGAAUAGCUGUGAACCCGGGAAAUCUGCUCUUCUGGCCAAAAUGAGCCCUGUGUGGACACAGCACAGCUCUAGCGUGACCCCAGGGCCUCUGACCCUCGCGGUCCCUUGCAUGCCUGUCCCAGCAGCAGGGACGGGACAGGUGCAGGAGGGGAACAAGAGGGUGCAGGGUGGCACCCUUGAGACUGCGGUACCGGGCUUGGGUUCAACCCUGCCUUCAUCUGCCACCCCCAGUGCUGCCCUUCACUGGGACUCUCUGGCAGCCAGUGGGCAGGCGGACUCUCUGCACUGGCCCUUGGGGUAAAGCAGGUCCUUUCAGUGCAAUGGGAAAGGGACUUGGCUUCUUCCCGGGCAAAGCAGAUCACUCCCCAUACCCUGCUUUGGAAAAACUUCCACGGCUCUCUACCAUGAUGCCCUUUCCUUGGCAUCUCUGUUCCCAAGGCCCAGUUUCCCUUCUCCCUGAAACUAAAUGCACCCCCUUUCCCUUCUUCUCUGGCAGAGCUCAGGCUCGGCUUCCUCCUAGCUCCUCCUGGGGCUGGGGAAGGUGGUCCUAUGGAUAGGGAAUGGCUAAACGCAAGUUCCCUUCUCUGCUGCCCACCCUGCAGUGACCAGGGGCCUGUGGCUCCCUGCUCUCAGCAACAGCAGGACUUGACUGGUGGGCUUCAAGCUCCCCGCUUUCCGCACACCGCGAGGGGCCUGCUGGGUGCUGUUCUCCGUCCCUCCCUGUUCCUCCAGCAAGGCUCCGGUGCAGCAGCUGUGGUAGGGCUGGGUGCGUGGGCAUCCCCAGGGCUUGCCGCUUUCUGAAUCAAAUUAUUUUUUCAAGAGUAAACAUUGCAAAGCUGUUGA